GGACGCAGGGUGCCGAGGAGUUCUGUGAGCGUAUCGAGACAACACGAAGGCCAGCGGACCUCGAUCGCAUCCUGAAAGCAACCCAAGAGGCGCUGAGAGAUCGUGAGAAACGAAUCGGUGCCUCGGUUGAGACGAUGGCAGAUGAAGUAAAUAAUGCCAAAGAGCGAUUCGACAGAGCUAAGAGGACUUGAAGCAAAUGCACGUCCUGAAUAAAGCCCUCAAGAGAUCUUUGGCCAUACGACUUGAUCGGUGGCAUGAGUUCAGACGACACAUUGCGACCCGGUGCAAAGUCGUAUUCGGAUAUCAUCUCUCUCAACGUGGAUACUUUGGCAAGGUUUUGUUUGAUCACGAGGACCAAACGCUCUUGCUCAAGGUCCAGACCGACGACCAAGCUGCUACUCAGGGCGCCUCACGUGACAAGGAUCCUCGCUCGCUGAGUGGAGGAGAAAAGUCAUUCUCGACCAUCUGCUUGCUCCUUUCGUUGUGGGAAUCCAUUGGCUGUCCGAUCAGAUGUCUGGACGAGUUCGACGUAUUCAUGGAUGCUGUUAACCGGCGCAUCAGCAUGAAGAUGAUGAUUGACACUGCGAACUCGUCCGAUAAGAAGCAAUAUGUGCUCAUCACACCCCAGGAUGUGUCAAACAUGAAGCCCAGCUCCAGCGUCAGGGUCAACCGCAUGUCUGAUCCAGAGCGAGGGCAGGCAUCCUGCAGUUCGCUGGCUGAGAGAACUCACCGCCAUCAUGUAGCUAAUAUAUCCAUCUAAUCCCUAGUGUAUGGUCUCCCAAUCUACAGUAUGAUUCUUGCCACGGUGUCAUCAAAUGUGACGUAACGAUAAUGAUGUUCCUGCUCUGCUUGCUCCCAUGGCGCACAAGACAUUCGGCGCGCUGCGUAUAGCAGCUUUGCCUCUCACAAGAACCCAGCCCAGGAUAACGUAUCACAGUUUCCGUGUCAUCACACCGCCCUCGCCGUCAACAAGCGAUCACGAGAAACCGCAGCCUAAAGGCUGGCUGCCCAGAGAAGGCGUUGUGAAAUGGGCCACGCACAAAGCCGAUAAUCUCUGGGUAUCUUGGGGCAAGGCGCCGGAGCGCUCCUGGAAGUUUCGUCUGUUCGAAUUCGGCGAACGCUUCCUCGACCGACUAGACUUUGAAGAGGGCGCCUUGAAGAAGAUCGAUAUCCAUCACGCUCCACCUUCGAGCCCUCCGCUGCCUCGGGACGGCGUCGAUGAAAAGGAACAGAUGGCGGCCUGGGAGCAACUCGAGGUACCGCUUCUAUAUCCACCGGGGGUGUACUCUGGCUCCGCUGCGGCGCUGAGCGACCUGCGUUCGCUCGUCGAACGUCGAAUUCCCUUACACAAUAGGGGAUUUUAUACGUUCCUGAUUAUCGCCCCACUGACCGCUCCGUUCAUGAUCAUCCCGGUCAUUCCUAACAUUCCGUUCUUCUUCUGCGCGUGGAGAGCAUGGUCGCACUAUCAAGCUCUCCGCGGUGCCAGGCACGUUGAAGGGCUGCUGAAGCACCAGAAGAUUGUCCCUAGAGCGGAUGGUACCCUGAAUGCGGCAUACCCUGAAAUAGAUCCCUUGACAUCGGGUGAUGGCCCAGCGCUUGCUGUGACUCGCGACUCACUGGGAAAAGUCAUACAAGCCUCCAAUAUGGAGCCGGAUGAUGCGAAGGACCUGCUGCGGGCCUACGAGCAGGCGACAAUCCGACAGACACCACGAUGAGGUGUCAAACAGCCUCCGCCCCCGUGCAAUGUUGUAUUGUUACAGUGAUAUGUAAUUCUAGAUGGAUCAAUUCGAUGUUACACUUCGCUGGCUAGAAAUGGCAUGGUUUCGCGCGCUGUUGCGAUUUUUCUGAUCCCAGGAGAGCCAGCAGCGCCCUCGUUCUAUUACCUAAGUAGUGCGCCAAAAUGACAACCAAUCCACGCUGCGAAGGCCGCUGGGAACUUGAGGGGCUGAAUGUGGCUAGCGCAGGGCGAUCGUACAACGGCUAACGGACUGCCCGUCGGAUUUUCUGCAAGGCGCAGACGCGAACCACCAUUCCUUUUUUCGUGUGUGUCAACGAUGAGUGGUUGUGGCGGAGAAGUUUCAUUUGUCCAGGCGAUUCUGUGCCAAUGAGCGGCAUCUCCCGAACAUGCUUCGGCGAAAUCCAUACUGUUGGCGAAAUGGCGAACAAGCGACCGAGACGGAAUCGGGAAACUUGGAGGUAGAGCGCCCGUAUGUCGACGGUGGGGCUCUGUCGAGACUGUGGAACUGACUGCACAAGCAACUCGAAUCCCUUUAUCUGCCAGGCAGGGACGAGCUAAAACAAGCUUGGAGCCUAUCCUUUCGAGCAGAAUUCGGCACGGAUCACACGACAUAACGAAGAGAACAUGGACCUUCAUGCGGGCUUAGGGUGGGGACACGGAUGUCUCCGAUGAAGGAGGCUCCUCGGACUGGGCUCCAGCUUGGGCUGUUCCGGAUCGGGAUGGGAUCGCGAGCGCAAGUUUAAGUAAGAGCGAAGAAUCGUCGUGCAUGCAUUUCGUCGAACGCACGCUCCCAUGGCCCUUUUUCGCGCGUCGCCCGCCGUCAAGGACGUGCACGCCCUCCCCGUCGAGCUGCUUUCCUGCAUCUUCACGCUCGGCGCCCUCGAUCAACGCAGUGACUCCCCGUUUCUGCUGCGCCCGGACGAAGACGACUGUCCUGUGUCGGUGGAUUUCCAGCUGGUGGUCAGCCAGGUCUGUCGUCAUUGGCGCCAGGUAGCCUUGCGGACGUCCUGUCUGUGGACUUUUCUUCAUUUCCGGGAGCCUUGCCAUGUUGCUCGGGCGGAGGAGUUUCUGAAGCGGGCGUCGAAGAAUUACCCGCUGGACAUAGUGGUGGAUACCGUUUCACCGAUCGAGCAUAUUCCCGGAGUUACGCUUUGCCACGAAGAAAUGCGAGCUAUCUUUGCGCUGAUCACCCCGCACGUCGCUCGCUGGCACGCGUUCCAUCUCAAGGUUCGCGCUAAUGAGUGUAAGCUCGUCGCACGUCAAGCUCUAUCUACCUGUGGGCCGGCCCCCAUGCUCGAGACCCUCCAACUUUAUCACUUUGAAGAUUACCGCACAUCACGGAACCUUUACAUCGCGACAUACCGCGCGCCGGUGAUCAUCUUCGACAAUGUGCUCCCCGCGCUGAAGAACGUGUCGCUCAUUGGCGUGAACCUGACGUGGUCGCACGCGCCGUACCUGCAGCAGCUGCACGCGCUCGAGCUUGCGCUGCACCCGGACAGCAUCCGCCCGCCAUAUGACGCAUGGGAUGCCAUGCUCCGGGGGUCGCCCCACCUGCGGCAGCUGCGACUGCACUAUUCUGGCCCGCGCGCCACGGACGAGCCGAACGAGCGGGUCUGCGUUCCAGGCCUCGAGGAGCUCUCUCUGACCGAUCUUGAUCCGGACCACCUCGCGCGGCUGCUGCCUGCGCUGGAGCUUCCUCGGCUGUCGACGCUGGCCUUGGACUUGCCUGAUCAGGACUUCACGUCGGUUAUUCGCUUCAUCGCGGGUGUUCGUGAUCCCGGCGCGGGCCUGUCGCCGUCGUUCCCCAUUGCGUCGCUGCAGAUCCUGCGCAUAACGGCGCUCGAGUGCACACAGGAGGCGCUGUCUGCCUUCCUGCGCGCAUUGCUUUCGCUGCGCGUGCUGGAGCUGGACUUUGCGCGUCUCCCCGGCGAGACGUUCCGCGUGCUGCUCGAGACGGUCACUCCAGCAUGCAAGUGCUCCAAGCCAAUGGCGCCAGUCCCUGUCCUGCCCCGUCUCGAGGAGGCUCUCAUGUUUGGACUGCCGGGCCAGAGUCUGGACGAGUUCAUCCAGUUCCGGGAAUCCUGGGCAGCAUCCACGACCAGCUGUGGCGAACCGAGAUAUGCAUGGCGCGUGACGCUCCCGAGAGUCGUUGUGCGCCCUGGCCAUGCUCGGGGGCAGGAUGCUGUGCUGACGGAUCUGGUCGAGCAGGGGAAGGUAGAGUGCUUGGAUGACGGACUAGAGCUCGAGCUUGGCGAGGAGGACGAUUUAGAACCUAGCGAAGACGGACACUUUGAUGAAAUUGAGACAUAAUCUACUUACUUUACUAUUACUACAUAAAUCGCCCUUGUGCUUUGACACAUACUACAAUCUGCGCGUAAGAACUGAAUUCUCGUCCCCCAUGGCGAUCGCGCUGCGUUGGGCAAUUGGCAGAUUCAGCUCCCGAUAAGGAGAGAGGCUUCAGCCACUCUCCCGGCUGUAGACCUGGCCAGACCGCGUCAGAGCCUGGGAGUAAUCUCAUCGAUGGCUUCCUGUCGGCACCGCCACGCUAAAUGACAUGGGGACGCACGGGACGGGCACGUGGCAAAAUCGCCGCCUCGCGUCAGGCACGCGGCCGAUCAUCUCAGAGCAGGUAGGGUGGUGCAACGUUGUGCGCUCCCUCCGCGUGUCUUGGGCCAUCUUCUCUUUCUUCCUCUCCCCAUCCCCUUCGUCUCUUUCCCUUAUUUCUUCCGGCGUCGAGCGAGUCGACUGAAGCAGGACCACCCACAGCCAGUGGCCGCUUCUUUUUUCGAAACCUCUCUUUCGUUCCGCCACGUCGCCGUUGAGCAUGCUCCCGCUGAUACCCUGGAUCUUGGCGCUGCUGUCUAUUCUGGCAGCAGCGGCACUCGACCUGCCCUCCAAGCUCGCGCGGCUCUGUGCCCGAGUCGGUGGAGGUGCGCUCCGCCUGCCGCUGGUAAGCCAGGCGGCAUCCGCCACCGACUCCUCCGCUCCCACAGGCGUCCUGCCGACAGCGAUCCACGCACCCACGCCACGGUCGCUGUCGCACUCGUUCGAACCGCGGCCCCCCUCCCCCUCCCCGCUCCGCGGGCGUGCGCAGAAGGCACUCGGGUUCAAGCUCGGGCUCGGCCGGUUCCAGAGGGCGCGGAGCGUGGGGGCCGUGUUGCCCCGGUUUCGUGCGCCGUCUGAUCCUGAUGUGCUCGAGCAUCCGUAUGGGAGACUUGGGAUCGAGAGCGUUCCGCCAACGCCGCCUCCAGGUGGGGUGCAGCUCGUGGACCUCUCAGACUCGUCGCACCCGUAUCAGCCACAGCACCGCAGAGCCGCCUCGGCGUCGUUCGACAGCCUCGCCCUCAGCCUGCAACCCUCAGCCAAUCCAUUCGCCGACCCGCCCGGCUCGCAGCCGAGCGCGUUCGAUCGCACGUACAGCUGGGGUUCGAUAUCCCAGUUCUCGACGUCGUCGUCGGGAUUGGCGAAUGCGAAUCUGCUGGUCGAUCUGACGCCCUCGUCGCCGCCGGUGCUGCCGGCCCGUCCGCCCGAUGCCCAUGUGCACGACGAAGCGCACGUGCGCUCGCAUCUGAGCCUGCAUCCCGGAGUUCUGAUCGACAUCCGCCGGAUGUGCUGAUCGACUCGAAUCCGGAGGAGCUGGAGUACGAGCUGGUGGAUGUGAGCGUGCCGCCGUCGCCGUCGCCGCAUCCCGUUGGGUGGCUGGAUCAGCCGCUCGUUCCUCAGCCGAGAGCGGCGCUGCCGGAAGCCGGUGUUGCGAGUGGCAAUAAGCCUGUCGCGGUGGCGGUCACGGCUUCCACUGAUACGAUCACUCAAGGCGAGACGAGUCUGGGUCUCCCUGCUGAACCACCCGCCGACGAAGAGAGCAUCGUUGAAGAAGAAAUCCUUCUCUUCUCGAACGCAAUCACACGCGAAUCAGAUGCAGAGCGCGCCGAAGCCAUCCAUAUCGACGAAGACGAGCUUUCCGAUGACGAACCCAUGCACAAGCACUUUGCAGCUCUGGGCAUUACGACAUUAACGAACCCUUUACGACCUGAUGACGAUCUUUCCCUGGUGAAAACACCCAUCCAAAUCCACUCCCAUCUUCCUU